ACAUCCUAGUUAUGCAUCCUUGAGCAAAUUUUUUAACAUCUCCAAGCCCAAGUAUUCCCAUCUGUAAGAUGGCUGUGACAGCAACCUUGCUGGGUUAUGGGGAUUUGGUGAUUUGGUGCCAGCUAAGCCCAGAGCCCAGUGUUUGACAGGUCAAUGCAAGCCCUCUUUCCAUCUUGUCAAAUGCUCCUUGUCACCAAUUUGGGAGAGAAUGUAAGAGUGGAUGAGGCAAUAGCAGGAGAAGUAUAUCCUGGCAUGGGAGGGAGGAGAGGGAAGACUGGCCACCUUCUGAGGCGGUGAAAUGACCUAGUGGUGCCAAGUGAGGGCUGCCUGCUGAUGGUGUCCUUCCCCCUUUGCCUUCCAGCCCCUGAAAAUGCACUGCAGGGACUGUGCCCUGGUGACCAGCUCGGGGCAUCUGCUGCACAGCCGCCAAGGCCCCCAGAUCGACCAGACCGAGUGCGUCAUCCGCAUGAACGACGCCCCCACGCGCGGUUACGGGCGCGACGUGGGCAACCGCACCAGCCUGAGGGUCAUCGCGCACUCCAGCAUCCAGAGGAUCCUCCGCAACCGCCACGACCUGCUCAACGUGAGCCAGGGCACCGUGUUCAUCUUCUGGGGCCCCAGCAGCUACAUGCGGCGCGACGGCAAGGGCCAGGUCUACAACAACCUGCAGCUCCUGAGCCGCGUGCUGCCGCGGCUGAAGGCCUUUAUGACCACGCGCCACAAGAUGCUGCAGUUUGAUGAGCUCUUCAAGCAGGAGACUGGCAAGGACAGGAAGAUCUCAAACACUUGGCUCAGCACUGGCUGGUUCACAAUGACAAUUGCACUGGAGCUCUGUGACAGGAUCAAUGUUUAUGGCAUGGUGCCCCCAGACUUCUGCAGGGACCCCAAUCACCCUUCAGUACCUUAUCACUAUUACGAACCUUUUGGACCUGAUGAAUGUACAAUGUACCUCUCCCACGAGCGAGGACGGAAGGGUAGUCAUCACCGCUUUAUCACAGAGAAACGCGUCUUUAAGAACUGGGCACGGACAUUCAACAUUCACUUCUUUCAACCAAACUGGAAACCAGAAUCACUUGCUAUAAAUCAUCCUGAGAAUAAACCUGUGUUCUGAGGAAUGAGCGUGCCAGACCGAAAUCUCAAGUACGUACUGUAUCAGACACCAGGCCACUGAACUUUCUGAGCCACUAGACACAGAAGAGGGACAAAACUGCGAGCAGGAAACUCCUCCAGAAGCAACAUGUACAGAUGCCUGUGAGGCAUGACUACCAAGCAGUGCAGUUGGUUUGUAAGGAGAAAUUCCAGAAUUAAUAUGUCCUAAUGAGUAUCAUCCCUUUCAAAAGGGGUUACCUUAGGAGCUAACCACUCAUUUCAAUGAUGCUGCCAUGGCUAAAAAUCAUUCUGGAUCUCUUAAGUAUUGCCUUCAAAACUGAAACACAAGCAACUCAACAAUGUUAGUUGUAUUCCUUUAUAGAAAUACCACAUCAAAAGACAUUUUUCUAUCAAGUUGUAUCCUAACCUGAUCUAUAAUCUUUGUCAUCUGUUGGGCUCUGUGUGUGUGAUUUGUUAAAAAAAAAAAAAAAAAAAAAAAAAAAAAAAAAAGCAGCCUGAAAGUAUGGACAUGAUUUCUGAAGAGCACAUCUCCACUGACUUUCAUAAAACAAAUGCCCAAUAUUUAUUUACUGAGAGUUUUUUAGUGCACUCUAGGCCAGUAUUUUUAUAGAUUAUGAUUAUGUGGUAAUUUAUCCUUCUUAACUCUUUUAUCCUGAAUGAUGGUUGGAAAACACCUAGAAUAGGGUUGGCGAGUGACUGUGUUCACGAUGCUCACUGUUAGCAUGCCAUUGGCUUGGAAAUGU